UGUAACGCGAGGAGCGAGUGGUGUAGGGCAAAGUCUACGGGUAUAUACAAAUAGCUCGGGCGAUCGCCCUUUCUUCUUUUUCUAGUAUCCACCUCUACAAGUCUUUAAGCGUACUUCAACCGUUUACAUACCCCUCCAAACUUUGCAACCCCUCCUACUCUUACACGUCCCCCACGUAAUCUACAAACUUUAGCCAAGAUGUCUACAUACUCCUUCUACCAGGCCACCAUCCCUCAACUUCGCGGCACUGCCAAGAGCGCCGUCAGCUUCCUCACAGCAGCCAAAGAUGAGCAGUCAAAGAACACCUCGCUGCCCUCUGGCGCAGACGUACUGAACGCACAGAUCGGUGACAUGCUUCCCCUACGCAUGCAACCCAUUCUCGUCGCCAAGUUCUCUCUCGAAGGCAUCGACCAGCACAAGCUCAGCUCGGCUUCUUCCCCGAGCAUGGACCCUUCUUCCUUCUCGUCCAUUGACGAUCUCAUCAACUUCUUCAAGCAGCUCAUUGCUGUCUAUGAUGCUGUCGAUGAGAAGGCUUUCAGCGAGAGUGCCGACAAGGGCCUCGAAGUCAGUGUUGCUGGCAAGUCACUGAAGAUGACUAGCACGGCUGAUUUCUACAACAGCUUCGCUGUACCGAACGGUUAUUUCCACCUGAACGCUAUGUACAUGCUGUUGAGAAGCAAGGGUUUCACUCUUGGCAAGGGAACCUACGUCAAACCUUUCUUCAGCGAGCAGGCUGCUAAGGACUGGGCGCCACUCAUGGGUUAGAGGAGGAGCGAUUGUAUACUAUCAUCUGCUUGGAUAUCAUCUAGCAAGUGACGUAGCAUGUCCUGAAGUCAGAUCUGAACAGAGAUGGGAUAAAAUGGACACUCUAGGUGAAAGUCCCAAACACAUAGA